UUUAUUUAAAAAGGAUCGUUUUCCGUCCUCCCAAACUUAUCAACAAUCCCCAUUUUGAACCAAAUCCAAAAGACAACAAAAACCAAAAAGCGCACUAAUUUCAAAAGCAUGGCUCAAACUGCAUCAAAAGGCAAAGUCCUCAUCAUCCUUUCGGGAGCAAACACGAUUCACCUCAAGGAAGGCAAGGAUCAGAAAACAGGAUACUUUUUGUCCGAGUUGGGACAUCCUUUGAUGAAGAUUUUGGAAGCGGGGUACGAUGUUGUGUUUGCCAAUCCAACUGGAACGCAUCCAGUUCAAGACCCUAUAUCCGAACUCUUGAUUUGGUUUCUGGGCAACUACAAAGAACGAGAACGAGAACACGCACUCAUUGACAAAAUGAAGAUUGAAUCAAACUUUGCGUCUCCUCGUCCAUUUGCUUCCCUUACGGACGACGAUCUGAGUACCUUUGUCGGUGUGUUUAUUCCAGGUGGACAUGCGCCCAUGCAGGAUUUGCAUAAUGAUAAGGAGUUGGCGAGGAUUUUGGGUCAUUUUCAUCGGAUGGCUAAACCUACUGGGGCAAUCUGUCAUGGACCUGCUGCGCUAUUGUCUACAAAGACGGAAGAGGGGUGUCCCUAUUCGGGGUACAAAGUCACUGCAUACUCGAAUACAGAGGACAAGUUGAAUGAAAUUAUGUGGUGGGGUACACUUCCGUACAAGUUGGUGGAUGAGUUGGAGAAGGCUGGCUUAAAGUGCGAAGAGACUUUCCCAAUGGGGAGUAAAGUGACAGUGGAUAGGGAGUUGGUGUCGGGGCAAAAUCCGUCCUCGGCUUCUGCGUUUGGCGAUGCUUUUGUGAAAAAGUUGAACGAGUCGGUGACAUUGGGUGGAACAGGUGUGCAUGCCAAAGAGAUUUAAGGACCCAGUUUUUUUUGGUUUGUAAAAUAGUGAACAUCACCCCAGACAAUUUGUAUUCAUACAGCCAGUCUGUUCCAGUUUUUGGUUUCAAAGAUUUGGAGAAUGUUGCAAAGUGCAGACUCGUUUUGUAAAUACCAGGGAUGUAUACAAAAACAAAAAAUAUCCUAGCCUACCCUCCAAUGGGUGGCCAAAAGAUUAUCACUGCCUAGCAAAAGGAAUCGCAACUCACUCGACUCCAUG